GGUGCAAUCAUAAAGCAGUUGACUUGGUUUCUCCGUAGUGGGAAAUUUCGAGUCGUCGGGAGAAAACAAAAUUAAGCCACAUUUGAUUAUCAAACCUAUUAACUUCUGCACAAUCAUGUCAAAUCAUGUCCUAUAGCAGCUUAAUUAGAAAUUUAAGUGUAAAAACUUGAGCUUGACGGGCUAAUUAGUAUGUCAUUUACCGAUCGACCUCGACAAAUAAUGUUUUCCUGGUCAGGUGGCAUUAACUCGCAGAGAGCAUUAUUGAAGUGCAGACUACCUUUAGCUUCUUGGAUAUUACUGAUAUUAUGUGUCACAAGUUCCAUUUAUGUCUUGUUAAUAGUUUGCGUGUGUAAAUCUCUAUUUCCCCUUCUGGAGUGGGGUUUAGCCAAGGAAUCACGCAGCAUUUUCCUCUUGUUGGCCCAAUCCUGACCUCCAGCAGAAUUUGAGAACGAAAGUUGACAGAAGUCAAAAGAAACACUCGUUAUAGAUCAACACUUGCUAGCUUGCCAUUUUAGUACAGUACAGGAUUUUAUCUCUCUCUAAGUUAUGCCAUGUGUGGCCUAUCGUCGGCUGUUAUAAUUCUCUUUUCCAAGGAAAGUUGAGGACUGUGAUAGGACCGAGAGUGAGUGUGCCAUUAAAUGUAUUUGAUAGUGCUUUUGUUCUGGUACUACUUUUCUCAUUUCAAUUACUCCUCGCUUUUCCAUCAUUUCUUCUCACUUUCAUCAAAAUGAUUCCAAUUUGUUUCUUGAUUGAAAUUUUUGCGACUUCGUAUGUUAUAAAUUUUCAGUAUUUUUCUCUACUCAAAUCACAUUUUCUGUACAAGGACUGAACAAAUAUACAGUUUAUUUCCAUCCAAGUCUCUUUCAUUUACCUUUCUUUCAUAAACAAAGAGAUAUGGAAAAAUAUCCUCAAUUGUUCAACAGAAACUCAGUAUUAGAGGACAAAAAGUUGGAACUGAGGCUUGGUCCUCCUGGAGAAGACCAGUCUCCACUCUUCUUUGGUCACAUCAAUAGCGGCGUCCAUGGAGCCAAAAGAGCAUUUGAGGACACAUUAAUGUCCAAAGGGUUGGCUGGUAAAGCAGAGGAUUCAUCAAAUUCGAAGCCAUGUGGCUCUAGAGUGGCAGAGCUACAGUGCCUAGAUAAGAAGUCUUGUUCUAAUUCUGAUACUUCUUCAGUUACUGCAAAAACACCUAUGACCAAUGGCUCCAAUAAAAGGAGUGAAGUUGCUCCAGUAGUUGGAUGGCCUCCAGUUCGUUCUUGCAGGAAAAAUCUUGCAAACAGCAGCUUGUCAAAGCCAGCUUCCAAAUUACCAAAUGAAAUCCUGAAGGAGGGGACUGGUGCGAAAUCUGAAAGUUCCAAAAACAAUUUGUUUGUCAAGAUCAAUAUGGAAGGAGUCCCCAUUGGAAGGAAAAUAAAUCUCAGUGCCUAUAACAGCUAUGAGGAGCUCUCCUUUGCUAUUGAUGAACUGUUCAAAGGUUUACUUGCAGCUCAGAGAGUUCCUCCUACUGCUGGAAACGAAAACAAGACCAAAAAAUUGGAAUUAAUCGCAAGUUCAGUAGCUAAGAGUGAUGAAUAUACUCUAGUCUACGAGGACAACGAAGGAGACAGGAUACUUGUUGGUGAUGUCCCAUGGCACAUGUUCAUAUCCACAGCGAAGAAGCUGCUGGUACUGAAAAGCUCUGAACUUUCAACUCUUCCAUGCUUUGACUGUUUUCAGUUUGUUGCAGUGAACACAGAAAGGCUUUAACUGGAUGAAUCCCACAUGGACUUCAACAUUUUAUAUGGCUCAAAUUCCAUUAUCCAACUGUAGCACUUGCUUAAUUUUUCCUCUUAUUUGUAUAUGUAGAAUUUGCCUAGUUAUGUGAACGAAAGUUACUUUGCUUGUA